AUGCCUCCCAAAUAUUCACAACAUUAUCGUGAGGAAUGGGAACAGAUGAGGGAGUUUAAGGAUUGGCUGUCACCAGUCCAAGAUGAUGCCACUAAAGCCUACUGCAAAUACUGUAAGUGUAACAUUAUUGCAAAACUAUAUUGUUUAAAACAACACAUUUCUACAACUAAACAUGUGAAGUCUGUCGAGCCCAUGAAAAGUCAAACAAAAAUUAAAUUUGCCAAAAUUCAAACCCGCCUCGAUACUCAAAAUCUUGCACAUUUUAUUUGCGAGCAUGCUGCAAUUUUAACGGUGGAUCACCUAUCGGAUAUGUGCAAAAAAACAUUUUCUGAUAGUAGAAGUACAGAGAACAUGAAGUUACACAGAACAAAAUGUACCAAUAUUAUAAAUAAUGUCUUGGCACCGCACUUUGUAUCUGAAUUAAUAAAAGAUGUGGGAGAUGCAAAGUUCAGCAUAUUAAUAGACGAAUCUACAGACAUAUCAGUCACAAAAAUUCUCAUGUCUCGGCAUGUCAAUUCGAUACUAUAG